AUGACCAAACCAAUCGUCCUCCAGCUCGGCGACGACAUAAAAUGGAAUCACGAUCUUUACAAAACAUUCACCAGCAGCUUUGAGAUCAAGCGCUCCCACAGCAUGUCACGCCCAGAAUUCAUCCAAGCCCUCAAGUCUAAAUCUUUUGGUGACUUUUUCGCCAUCUACAGACCAUUCUGGAACACAGGUGGUGAGAUGGGUAACUGGGAUGAAGAGUUGGUUUCUCUUCUACCUGCUUCGUGCAAGAUUUAUGCUAGUGCUGGUGCUGGGUUUGAUUGGGUUGAUACUGCUGCUCUUGCAAAGAGAGGAAUCACAUACUGCAACGCUGCGGCUGCUUGUACAGAGUCUGUCGCAGACGCAGCAAUCUGGCUCAUCAUUUCUGUCUUCCGUCAAUUAUCCUGGUCGCACAUCGCCGCCCGAUCAGGAUCUUCAGAGCAAUUCCUCGAUGCCCAGCGCAAUCUAGCUCCUGUAUCUCGCAACCCCCAGGGCUUCACUCUCGGCAUCAUCGGUUUUGGCAGAAUUGGCCGUCGCAUCGCAGAAAAAGCCUACAAGGCGCUUGACAUGAAGAUCAUCUACAACGACAUAGCCCGCAUGCCCACCUCAAUCGAAGAACCUCUGAAGGCAGUCUACCACCCCUCAGCGGACACGCUCCUCGCAGAAGCAGACUGCGUUCUUGUCGCGACACCAUUCGCAGGCGAAACCCUUCUUAACAAAGAAGGUCUAGCCAAGAUGAAGAAGGGAGCGAAACUUGUCAACAUUGCACGAGGAAAGUUGAUCAAUGAGAAGGAUCUUGUUGAGGCACUUAAGAGUGGACAGCUUUCUGGUGCUGGAUUGGAUGUUUUUGAGCAUGAGCCUGUCAUUAGCCCUGAGCUGAUUGAGAUGAAGAACGUCGAGUUAUUGUCGCAUAAUGCGGGUGCCUCAUUGGAUUCACAUGUUGGAUUUGAGAAGCUGGGUAUGGAAAACAUUCUGUCUUACCACAAGACAGGCAAGGCUAUUUCGCCUGUCAACGCUCACUUGAUCAAGCAGAGCAAGCUAUAG